AAUGGGUUAAACGUGUAAUUAGAGCCCAUACUGGUAGCUCCAGAAGCUUAAAGGGAGAUUUAUCUUCUAAGCUGUUCCGAAGGGCACAAAGCUACUCUGUGCGCUCCUGGUCAGGAGGAGCCACCGCAGCCGUUGGCCGGACUUGAAGCCACGCCAUUCUGCCCAGGAAACAGGGAGAAAGGCGAGUUUGUGUCUGGAUGGCUUGACCUCACAGCCCCAUCGCCUUCCUUUCCCGUGCUGCGCGGUAUAAAAGGCGCCUGCCUGCCUUUGCAGAAGUUUGGAGCUUUUUUUUUUUUUUUUUGGUCAAAUCUGAGAGGAAAAAAAAUAUCUGAGGGACUCGAGGCAGGAAGCAGCGUAGCUCGUUGGACGGAGGCUCCGAACCAGCCGGAUCGGAGACGAUGGCUUCAGUUUUCAUGUGUGGAGUGGAAGAUUUCCUUUUUAGCGGCAGCCGUUUCGUGUGGAACUUGACCGUCUCGGCGCUCCGGAGAUGGUACGAGCAGAGAGUGAGGGGCUGCCACCAAACCCUGAGCACGUGGUGCGGGGCAAGGGACCUUUACCAGAUGACCGAAGGGAGACACUGCCAAGUACAGCUUCUGGAUGAUAGGAAGCUGGAGCUACUAGUUCAGCCUAAGCUUUUGUCACGGGAAUUAUUGGAUUUGGUGGCUUCGCAUUUCAACCUCAAAGAAAAGGAAUAUUUUGGGAUAACAUUCAUAGAUGAUAUGGGUCACAAUGUCUGGCUACAGUUAGACCACAGAGUUCUGGAUCAUGAUUUACCUAAGAAACCAGGUCCGGCAACUUUGUUUUUUGCAGUCAGAUUUUACAUAGAAAGCAUUUCGUUUCUGAAGGAUAAGACCACAGUUGAACUCUUUUUCCUCAACGCAAAGUCCUGUGUGCAACAGGGGCAUAUUGAAGUGGAAAGCGAGACAGUCUUUAGAUUAGCUGCUUUGAUUUUACAGGAAGCAAAAGGAGACUACUCUAGUGACGAAAAUGCAAGAAAAGCUCUGAAGAACUUGCCUGCAUUUCCUCCCAAGACUUUGCAGGAGCAUCCUUCACUUGCCUAUUGUGAGGACAGAGUAAUCCAACAUUACAUUAAGAACAAGGGGCUGACUAGAGGACAAGCGAUUGUUCAGUACAUGAAGUUGGUUGAAGCCCUGCCUACUUAUGGGAUCCAUUAUUAUGGAGUGAAGGAUAAACAAGGCAUCCCUUGGUGGCUUGGGAUCAGUUAUAAAGGAAUUGGCCAGUACGACUUGCAAGAUAAAGUCAAACCUAGAAAAUUAUUUCAGUGGAAGCAGUUGGAGAAUCUCUAUUUUCGUGAAAAGAAAUUUGCAGUAGAAGUUCAUGAUCCUCACAGAAUUUCAGUAUCAAGGCGGACCUUUGGACAGAGUGGCCUCGUAGUACAAACCUGGUAUGCGAACACUUCUCUAAUCAAAUCCAUCUGGGUGAUGGCAAUCAGUCAACAUCAGUUUUACUUGGACAGGAAACAAAGCAAAGCAAAAAUCCCCUCAGCCAGAAGCUUAGAUGAUAUUGCAAUGGACCUGACAGAUACAGGAGUUCCAAAAGUUUCAAAGCUAACAGCUUUGGAAGCAAAGAAUCAACUUAUUAUGGCCAGCAAUGGUAGCUUAAUCUCUUCAGGAUCACAAGAUUCAGAAGUGAGCGAAGAGCAGAAGAAAGAGAAAAUCUUAGAACUGAGAAAGAAAGAAAAGCUUUUGCAGGAGAAACUCUUGCAGAAAGUUGAAGAGUUGAAGAAGAUCUGCCUGCGGGAGGCGGAGCUCACUGGAAAAAUGCCAAAGGAAUAUCCUCUGAACACUGGAGAGAAGCCUCCUCAAGUCAGAAGGCGUGUAGGUACGACAUUCAGAUUGGAUGACAAUCUGCUACCCAAUGAGGAGGACCCAACCCUGCAAAAUCUGGAAAGCAAUUUUCUCAUCCAGCAAAAGUUUGUGGAAGCGGCAAAGAAGUUGGCUGGUGAGCCAGACCUGUGCAAAAACGUGAAAAAGAAAAGAAAACAAGAUUAUACAGAGGCUGUGAAGAAGCUCCAGGAGAUUGAAAAUUCCAUCAAUGAAUAUAGAAUUAAAUGUGGGAAGAAACCUGCGCAAAAGUCCACCCUGAUUUUACCAGAUGAAAUUAUCCCAUCUGAGAGCAGCUCUUUGUCUGACACAACAUCUUUUGAAGACGGCAAUAUUUCCCUUACUGUGGCAGUCCAAAGAAUAAUUUCUCUGCCAGCCUCUCCACCACCCAAAACUCUUGGAGUGGAGAAGAUCCAUCUCCGGAAGUCUUCCAUGAAUGAACAACUCUUAGAACAGAGACACUCCAGAGAUUCUCUGUCAACUCACAGCAGUCCAUAUCGGACAGCCGAGAAGCAACACCAUGGAGGAAGAAGUAUGCCCACAACACCAGUCCUCACACGCAAUGCCUACAGUAGCAGUCACUUGCAACCGGAUACAUCCCCUCAGCGCUGUUUGGAGACCCAAACUACCUUCUUAUCAGAAACCCCCAGUGAAAAGCCAAUGUUCGCCUUUUCAAAAUCCCAAAGAAGUAGCAGCACAGAAAUCCUAGAUGACGGAUCCUCCUACACCAGCCAAUCCAGUGCAGAGUAUUACUGCAUGACCCCAAAUUCAAAGCCCUGUUACAGCACCCAAACCCUUGACAACCGCACUAGAAACAGGAGGCGGUCCAAGAAACAGAACAUUUCUGCUUCCAGCUCAGGAAGUAUGCCUAACCUAGCCCAGAAGGACAACUGCAAUGGAGUCUACGUAAAAAAGGAAGGACAGAUGCCAACCAGUUGCUACAUUUCUGGCUAUACCCCUUCUAAAGAGGGCGACAUAUAUUACAACAGUGGCUACGUCUAUGAGAACGGCACAGAGGGCCAAUACACGGUCAACCCUUCCUAUCGUUCCUCAGCACCCUAUGGGUACGAACGCCGAUAUCGGGAAUUCAGAUCUUUCCACGAAGACGAAAUGGAGAGAGUGCCCCACAAUCCGUACGCCACGCUGCGCUUGCCACGGAAGCCGUCCAUGAAAACAGAGCACAUCACUAAAAACAUCCACAAGGCCUUAGUUGCGGAGCAUCUCCGUGGUUGGUACCAGCGUGCCUCUGGACAAAAAGAGCAGGUUCUUGGCUUGCAGGCGGGCCUUGAUGCUGAUCGAGAGUCCCAGAGAGGCCUAGGCUAUGCUGGACUACAGAUGCUAAGUUGUCAAAGCAGUCAUUCAUCUUCUUUCUCUUUAGCAUCCUCAACAAAUUCCUCCGUGAACUGGCGGAAUCAGUUUUUGUUAGGACUUCCUGAUUGUGAUACGCUAUCUCAGUCCUCUUUUGCCAGCUGUUACGGGAAUGUGUAUGGGAACCACCCACUGCAGAGCAGGGUAUAUCCUGAAACUAACCAGUUGGGCAACAGCAAUAGGAACCCUUUGCAAGAUGGUAUGCAAGAAAACGAGCAGAGACUCUUCUGGCAUGAGGAUUCAAAACCUGGGACCUUAGUAUGAACCUGCCCUCUCCUUCAAAUGCCCCACGUGCCUUGCACCUUACAUGGUUUUCCCUACGAAAACAAGGUUCCUGGUGCAGCAGCUCCAUAAGGGAGAUUUGUGCUGGGAGGACAAGAAGCAUUUGGCGAGAGAAACCGGAAGAAUCUCACCCACGCUAGCACAACAGUAUGACUCCAAAUACCCUCAGCGAAAAAAGGAAGAGGACUCCAGUUGUCUGCUUUUAAAGCUCCUAACCUUCAGAGGCUACUUUGGGUUAAAGUAUUUUUGAAAGCACUUUUUCCUUCCUUCCUUCCUUCCUUCCUUCCUUCCUUCCUUCCUUCCUUCCUUCCUUCCUUCUUUCCUUCCUUCCUUCCUCCCUCCCUCCCUCCCUCCCUUCCUUCCUCCCUUCCUUCCUUGAAAAUGGGGAGUUGUGGUGGACGUUGCAAAACAUCCCAAAAUGUGAAAAGAAGAUUCUUUGUUGGGAUAAUGUUAUUUUUUAGCAGCACAAUUUUUGGAGAGAGAGAGAGAGAGAAGCAGGCAACGCGAGAGAGUCACAUCUGCCUAUCAAGAAGGUUCUGUUGAAGGAUGCCACAAGCAUAAUGAACCGUGUGGAGGACUGGCUUUGUAAUUGCAAUGCUACUUGAAGGAUGCUUGGUUGUGUGUGUGUGUGUGUUUUGUUUUAAAUAACAGUAUUCCGAAUAAGGUUAAAAGGUCUUUUAAAGAUAUGCCAUCUUGGAUAUAUUUCCAUAAGUUUAAACAUGGGGUCGGGGUGGGAGCGAGAAGCAGUUGCACAUAAAGGUAAGAAAGCAUAAUGGUUCUCCUGACUUUUUGUUAAUGCAAUUUUGCAUGUUCUCUUCUUAUCCUUUCCCAUGUUGCCUUGUAAUUGUCAAGGUUCAAUACGGGACACGUUUGAGGUGCUUUCACAGAAUUGUUUACUAGAGCUAACACUGUCUUCCAUUUGCAACACUCCCAGAUUUCCCCCCCCCCCCCCCUUCUGUGUUUAUUUUUUCCAGAAAAAAACAAAACAAAAUCCUUAUAUUAAAAAAAAAAAGGCAGAAGAGCAGCACAAUAACCGUUGAAUACAAGCAUCAAGGGCUCCUCUGUCCAGAAGUCUCGUAAUACUCAAUGACUUUGGAAACAGAAACUUUGUAGUUGACCAGUUAGGGCUAUCUGGGCCAGUAUUACUCUUUUGUUUAAUAGUGAAUGCAAAUAUAUUAAUUACACCGUGUAGGUGCCUUGAAAUCGAUAGGCAUUAAAAUGGAAAAGUACAAGGUGUGCAGAACAAACGCACAAAGAAGUCUGAUUGAUGAGGAGGAUCUUAUUGGCUAAGGAUUGGCUAGUGAUUGGGAACAGGGCAAACCAGGAAGCAGUCCAGUUUAGAAAUUGAGUUGAAUUAAGAAUAAACAAUCUAGAUCAGGGGUCUCCAACCUUAGCAACUUUUAAGACUUGUGGACUUCAACUUCUGGAGCAAAUCUGGCUGAGGAAUUCUGGGAGUUGAAGUCCACAAGUCUUAAAGUUGCUAAGGUUGGAGACCCCUGAUCUAGAAUAAACAAUCUUGCCAAGAGUCUGUUUGGUAAAUCAGGAGCUGGAUACAUGUUUUGUUUCCACUCUUCUGUGAAAUCAGCUUAUCUUGAGCUAUGAUGUGUGCCUUCAUUAUCAAUUGACUGCUAUAAUUGGGACCACAGGAUGAUAAGUGACCGUUUCCAAUCAAAUCAAUAAAUUUUCAUUUUGGUGCAAAAGAGAGAGAUAAAAAUCAAUUACAGAUUUUCGCCAGGAAGGAUCAGCCUACCUCAUGUCUAUCUGUGGGACUAAACUAAGCACCAUCUAUCAGACUUGCAGCUAUAAACAAUUACAUUUGUUUCUCAGUUACACUGUGCUUCAGGAUUCUCUAAAAUGGUGCUGUUUUGGGACUUUAAAAAAUAGGGUGCAUCACUCCUUAUUCAUAUUGUGAAUACAAUAGUUUCUGGCAAAAAAACAAAAAACAAAUCUUUUUACUGAUACUCCAAAGCAUGUACAAAGAAUUCUAUAUAUGCUCACAUGAAUAUAUAUAUACGUGUGUCUGUGAGUAUUCAUGUACACACACACAGGCUGUACACUCGCAGAGAGAAGCUGAAUUUGUUAAGCUGGUCCUUAGUCAUUUGUAUUAUUAAAGUUUUAAGUUUGGAAUAAACAUUGAAAAUGUAAAA